CGGGUGCGUGUCAGAGAGCUGUGACGUGCCUGUCCUGUCCGCCAGGCGGCGUGGUGUGUCCCACCAGGCCCCAGCGCAAACCUCUGCCUCUCCCCCCGCAUCAGGAGCUGAAUCUGCCCGGGAGAGAGACCGAGGAAGAUGGCGGCCACCGACCGUUCCCGGUCCGAAGCAGCAAAGCAGCGGCGGCAGGAGCAGCUGCAGAGAUGGCUAGGCUCCGAGACGGACCUCACGGACACGGAGGCGAGGGGCUCCUCGGCGGGCAGCCGGUCUCGGCCGGGCGCCAAGGUGCGGUUCAACCAAGGGGCCGUGUUUAUGGCUGCUUGCUCGGCCGGGGACCGGGAGGAGGUGGCGGCUCUGCUCAGGCAAGGAGCCGAUAUCAACCACGCAAACAUAGACGGACUAACGGCCCUCCACCAGGCCUGCAUCGAUGAGAAUGCGGAGAUGGUGCAGUUCCUGGUGGAGAGUGGCAGUGACGUUAACAGAGGGGACAACGAGGGUUGGACGCCACUACACGCCACCGCCUCCUGCGGAUUCAUCCAGAUCGCCAAGUACCUGUUGGAGCAUGGGGCACACGUGGGGGCGGUCAACAGCGAGGGGGAGCUCCCCCUAGAUGUGGCCACGGAGGACGUCAUGGUCCGACUGCUGAAGGGGGAGAUCAAGAAACAAGGCAUCGAUGUGGAUCAUGCGCGGGGGGAGGAGGAGCGCGUGAUGCUAGCGGACGCCAUGUCUGUCCUGGGGGGCUCUGGAGUGCUGGCCCCCCACCCCAACACACACGCCACCGCCCUACACGUAGCAGCCACCAAGGGAUACAGUCAAGUUCUCAAGGUGUUGCUGCAGUGCGGUAUGGAUGUGGACGCGAGGGAUGUGGACGGCUGGACUCCUUUCCACGCGGCCGCCCACUGGGGACAGGAGAAGGCCUGCACACUACUGGCAGAACACCUGUGUGACAUGAACGCCACCAACAACGUGGGUCAAACUCCGCAGGAUGUAGCAGAUGACAACUUAACAGAUCUCCUGGAGGAGCUGCAGAAGAAACAGAAUAUAUUGCGCUCGGAGCAGAAGAUGUCUCAGUCUCAGGUCAUAGAGGCUGUUCCUCCCAUCACCGUGGCUCCUGUACGCCUGCGCAGGACGUCCAUCUCCCGUAUGAGCAGCAAAGAGAAGAUCAGCCUCCACGAGCGCGAACGCCACGCCCCGCCUGCCCUGCAGACCCCGCCCGCUGAGGAGGAAGAGGAGGAGCCUGGAGCAGAGACCCGCGCCUCAGCACAGCCGUCCGCCUCCAGCAAAGCAGCCUCCAGCAGCUCCAGCUCCGAGGAGGAGAGCGAAUCAGAGAGCGACACCGAGUCAGAGAAAACUAAAACACGAGAGAUCAUCAACAACAUGAACAACAAGCGUAACAACUCAGCCUCCAUAGCUACCUCCACAGCUGCCUCCGCUACCACGGGCAACCAGGGGAAGAAGGCGGAGCCUGCGGCGACCAAGCCGGCGACCACCGAUGCUCCCGGCUCCUGGCGCACGUCCCUGAGGAAGGCGGGCAGCUCUGGGGCGCUGGGCUCGGCGGGGGGCGCUAGCGACCCGGCAGAGGGCACCGAGGGAGGGGGCAGUAGCAGCGCGGUGCCCAGGGCCACCCAGAGCGUCCUGGGGGGCAUGACCCGCUCCGCAUCCAGCCCCCGCCUCAGCUCAGAGGCUGACAACAAGGAGCCCAGGUUAGCCCGUGUCCAGCCAACCCCCACCAGACGCCUCUUCAGCAUCUCCGACAACAACCCAGACAACUCCAGCAGCUGGUUGGCUCGCAGCUCCUCAUACACGCGUCGUCUGACCAGCCAGUCCACAGGCGACGUGAGCAGUUCCAACCCCUCCUUACCUCGCAGUUCUUCUUAUGGGCGGAGACUAGAUGAGGCGUCCGUUACCCCAGGAUCCAACCUGACAGGACUCAGCCGUCUCAACAGUCUAGUGGCUCAGAGGCAAGCUCAGGAACAGGCGGAGAAGAAGGAGCCGACUACCACGGCAACCUCCAACGCCAUUACCACGGCGACCACAAGCAGCACCACUGGGGAGCCAGAGAGCAAGCAGAGGCGCAAGUCGUAUUUGACUCCGGUUCGUGAUGAAGAGGCUGAGGCCCAGAGGAAAGCUCGCUCUCGACAUGCACGCCAGUCUCGCAGGUCAACUCAGGGCGUGACUCUCACAGACCUGCAGGAGGCGGAGAAGAGCAUAAAGCCUUCAUCGGGCGGCGAGAGCACAGCGAAGGAGAGGAAGAGAGAGCAGGAAGAGAGAGAGGAGAAGAAGAGAGAGGAGGAGGAGAAAGAAGGGAAGCAGAAGAAGGUAGAAGAAGGGGAGGUAACGUGGCGAUCCCGUAUCGCUAACCUGCAGAAGUCGGACCUCCUUGGCCUGACCAGUCCUGCAGGAUCCUUGCGUCCAGACAGACGGGACCCAGAUGCUUUGUCGGCUGAUGCGGAGGAGCAGAGGUGGAAGGAGAGGAGGCAAGCGCGGGCAGAAAGAAAAGCUCGCUUAGAAGAGAACUACAACAACGAAGUCAGCGCACAGGAAGGAAACGGGCAGGACCCGCAGACAACGAGACAAACAGCCAGCAGGUCUGACCAAUCGUAUAAUGACUGUAUCUUAGGAAGGGGCUCAGAAACGAAGGACUAUAAGAAGUUGUUUGAGGACUUGUCCAGGGAGAACGGUGUGCUUCAGUCCCAGCUGCAGGACACUCAGAGGACCAUCAGCCAGACCAGACUGGACCUGGACAAAGCCACACAGUGUGUGUGUGUGUUUCUCAAGCAGAGGCAGGAGAGGUUCACCGACUGUUCUGCACUCUUGGAGAUGGAGAAGAAGGAGAGAAGAAUGUUGGAACGACGUGUAGCAGAGCUGGAGGAGGAGCUUAAGGUGCUGGGGGAUUUGAGGGCAGAUAACCAGCGUUUGAAGGACGAGAACGGGGCCCUCAUCCGGGUCAUCAGCAAGCUCUCCAAGUGAGAUGGAAACCAUGGGAGCCUACGGGGCGGCAAGAGACUUAACACUCUCUUCUCCUCCACGCAUGCACACACAUACACAUAGACACACGUACACAUACACACACAUACAAGCUCUCUCUCUCUGUCGCUCUCUCUCUCCCUCUCUCUCUCUCUCUCUCACACACACACACACACUCACACACAAGCACAUAUUCUUUCCAGUGCCAAAGAAGGAAUGACGUAGGGAGUGGAGAAAGACAAUGGAUGAAAAGUGAAUGGAAUCACAGACUGUAUUUUUUUUGCAAUUCACUGUGUGUGUGUGUGUGUGUGUGUGUGUGUGUGUGUGUGUGUGUGUGUGUGUGUGUGUGUGUGUGUGUGUGUGUGUGUGUGUGUGUGUGUGUGUGUGUGUGUGUGUGUGUCCACUGCCUAUAUAAGCACUCGUGCACAAACACCCUCACUGAAGGCCUACCAGCAAUGACAAUAACAAUUCAGCUUGACCAAUCUGGGACAACAUUGAGAAAGGUGUACACACUUCUAAUUUGAACACUUCUCACACACACACACACACACACCAUAACAGUUCUCACUGCUUGACAAUCACAGAGACUUCGCACACACUUCACACGUGUUCCAGAAGGUUUACCAGAUUACCAGCUCAGGUGUGUGUCACACACACACACACACACACACAAACAGAUACACAUACAGUACACACUACACUACACAUAUGCAUACAUUCAGGCAUCAGUAUUAUCUUGACCAAUGCCCUUACCCAUCCAGUGCCAAACCAAAAGCACACACACACACACACAAACUCGCACAGGUGAAGCACUUGCAACACACACACGCACGCACGCACACAAACUCGCACAGGUGAAGCACUUGCAACACACACACACACACACACACACACACACACACACACACACACACACACACACACACACACACACACACACACACACACACACACACACACACACACACACGUGAAGGAAGCACUUAGUUGAAAGCUGUCUGAAGUUAUGGGAUUUGCAAAUAGGAGAGAAACAGAUAAAGUUCCUCUUCUGACUAAUCACACACACACACACACACACACACACACACACACACACUACACCAUACCGUACUUAACCGUCCACUGAGGGAUCACAGGACAGGGGAGCGUGGCGUAGCGAGGCGAGGCCGUGUGUUUACCAGUGCCCAGCCUCCCCCCUCCCUGUCCCCUCUACCCACCGGCUUGGGGCCAGAAUCACAGCACCGUUUGUUUGGGGUGGAUUUGCCUAUUAAUAAUAUGCUAUGCAUCGUUUUUUGACUCCUUUUUAAAAUGAUGAUGAUGAUUAUUAUUAUUAUUAUUAUUAUUAUUAUUAUUAUUAUUACCUAUGGAUAUCAAGGUAAAGAAUGCUAUUUUCCUAUGUGUGUGUUUUUGUCUGUCAUGUCGAGUUUGUUGUUUCAUGUUGGUUGUCAAUUCUUAACAACUAUUUUGUUGUUGUUUUUUUCCAGGGAAGACUCGUGUUUUUAUUGUUAUAAUAAUAAUGGUUAUUAUUAUUAUUUCAUGUACAAAUAUGAUUCCUUUUAUGAAGUGGAAAUGUGAGUCUUCCCCCUCUCUUACACGGUUUUUCUAAUAUAUGAUACGGAUGUCUGCACUUAAUAAAAGCCAUGUGUGUAUGA